AUAGAAGAAGGAGAAUCGUCGUUCGACAACAUACAGCUGGUUGGCGGCAUUGUGUUUCCGGCAGCGAGCGAGAAAAAGAUGGGGCUGAUUAAGAAUUACAGUAGCAGCCACCAGAUUCUGAUCGUUGGCGACGGUGACUUUUCGUUCUCCGCUUGUUUGGCCAAAGCUUUUGGCUGUGACGCGUCGAAUAUGACUGCUACAUCCCUGGAUUCUCAACGUUUUUUGACCUUGAAUUACGCAAGUGCAUUGUCCAACCUAACGGAAUUGAAGAAUAGGAAGUGCAGUGUGAUGCACGAGAUCGAUGCAACUGAAAUGGCGAGCCAUUCGAUCCUGGGAACAAUGAAAUUCGACCGCAUUGUAUUCAAUUUUCCUUUUGCUGGAUUUUUUUACGACUUGCCCCGGAGUUCUCAGCUACUGCGUCAUCGAGAACUUGUGAGCGAGUUUAUGAAGAACGCGAAGGAGAUGUUAAGUGAGAGUGGCGAGAUUCAUAUAUCGCACAAGACCAACGGUUUCUUCGAUCAAUGGAAUCUCGAAUCGCUUGCGAAUAGCAACGGGCUAAAGCUUGUCGAGGCUGUGGAUUUUAACAAUGUUGAUUAUCCAGGUUACAACACCAAGUAUGGAUUUGGGGGUGAUGGUAAUUUCAAUUCCUCUCCCAGCAACACUUACAAAUUUGCCCGGCUUUCUUAG